GAGGAAGAGGAAGAAGAGGAGGCGAGGAGCCCGCGAGGUGGCACUCGGGGAGCAGCGGCGCAGGCCGGGAGCGGAGCCGGAGCAGCGCCGCCGAGGGAUUUGCUGAGGCAGCUUUGGAAAAGCGAAACCCGAGGCCUGCAGCAGGGCGGUGAAUUUCUGUCAGAAAAUUCUUGGGAGCCUUGUGAGGGAAGCCCGGCUGGCGUGGGCUGUAUGACCAGACAAUUUGCCUGAUGCUGUCAAAUUCCAGUUCCUAGCUCUGUUCAUCCAAACAGCUUCCUGAUGAAAGCUAAGAAAACACUCCCAAUGUAGAAACAGACACCGACAUACAGAGUGAAUCAUCUUCCCAGGCAUGAGCAUUAUGGGUGUGCUACAGGAGCAUGUCGCAGACAAACAAGGCAAGACCAAAUAGCCACGUUGGAUUCCCCCGAGAGGCUCUCAGGUCGCAUUUGUGAGGUCAAACAGGCCUUGGUUAGGAGCAGGUGAAAGGCUGCUUCCAAGCUGCUUUUCAACCCCUGUGUAAGAAGCUCCCUGUCGCGCCAGAAGAUGCGCUGUAAGUCUGAAGGUGACUGCCCAGGCACUGCAGCUCUCUGCUCUUACUCACGCUUAUGCCCAUUAACAGGUGAUACCAUACAAGGCUUCACAUCAAGAUAAUAUUUAAGUCGUGUAUAUCUGUAAGUUCCUUUUGUCCAGUCACAACAAGCUGUAAUCUAACUUGAGAGCAGGAAGAAGCUCGAGGAACUAUAAACAUUAUCUCCUAGAAUAUUUUGAAGACUACUGUGCUGAAAGCUGUAUAGCUUUAAUGGGUGGACUAGAUGAUCUUAAGAGGUCUUUUCCAACCUGAAUGAUUCUGCGAUAGCAAGCUGGUGUCUCACUCCGAGAUUAACCUGGAAUGAUGUGACUACUCUUUUAUAUCCAUUUCCUGCCAUAAACAAAUCCAUGCGAAGAGACAUUCCAAGGAAAAACAUUUUCUUAUGCAAACACUCUAAAAGCAGGAAAACAGGAUGUGUCUGUAAAGUGACUGCAAAUGAUUAAUGAAAUGGUAAUUAGCAUACGAAGCAUUAAAGAGCUAUAGUCAGCUCAGCUCACUACAACAUACCUACAAGCCAGUGAACAUCACACAUGCAGCCGAAGACAAAACUGAGACAAAAUUUGGACAGGCCCUUUGAACACGUGGCUGAAAAUGUCAUCAGGGGAGGACAACAAUGAAAAGGCAUCUUUAAUUAAAUAUCACCAAUAAAACUGGGCAGAGAGCUCACCCGCUGCCUGACCAGCCAAAAGCAGCUCAGGAAUUGCACAGCUGCAGCCUCAGAGCCCCCACGCCAGGUCCUGCUGCCUGCCCUGGGGUCCCUGAUGCGUGUGGCAGUCACCUGCGUGCCCGGGGAAGCGCAGGGCCUCGCCAAGCCGUGAUGAGCUCCAUUUUCCCUUCCUUCGAGCGAGUCGUCCUUGCUGCUGACAUGCAUCAGUAGCAAAGUAACGACGUGUCUCAAACAGCUGGGUUUCCAGGACAUGUGUUCAAAGGGAAAGUCACUCCCAGACGCUGCUGAAGACAGAGCAAACAGCAGAGGCAUGAAUUCAUCCCGCUGAGUUUUUAAGUUUGCAGUGUAGCUGCCCCCGUUGGUGGCUGUUCCAGCUUCCCAACAUCUGCAAGGCAGUUUCAUAUUGUUCCAAUGAUUCACUGAGAAUCUCUAAGUUUUAAGACACUAAGGCGUGGGAACUAACAGUCUGAAAAUGAAACUUGAAAAGCAUUGUAAAAAUGGUCUUUUUUUUCCCCCCCGUAUCUUUUCUUUUUUAACAGAAUUAACUUGCUAAUAGAUGAGCUGACUAUUCACAAAGUGAAUUCAUAAGUGCAUUCCCGAGAGUGCAUGAGCUUGUCCUGUGAACAGCAAGAAAAGGAAGAGUCCUACCAACAGACCUCUCCCAUGGACUCUGGAAGAACCUCGGGGACCCCAACCACGCUUCAGUUAGUGCCUGAAGCCCUCCGAUGACUAAAACCAACAGGGAUGUUCCUACAAUAAGGAAUUGAUAAUAAUCCGACAUUUAACACUCAACAUUAACAUAUUUAUGCUGUAAGGGAAGAGCUCUAGUGCAGCAAGUAGUGCUACAGCAAGAGCAGACCUCCUACCUGGAGAGUUCAGCACUGGUGUGACAGUUAUGCCAUGGCACACAACUCUGGAAACGUGGAGUUCCAAGGAAAGGAAGAGGACUAGGUAUGCUCUUCUUUCAAAUUCACCUAGCACGAGAAACACGUUUGCCUGUGGUUACAUGUAUUUUAACAUCACCUUUUCACUCCUAAUUCAAUUUGCCCUGAGGAGCUCUGACAGAGUCUGGCUAACAGAUGUUGAGUUCUCCUGUCAAUCCAAGGUAAAAGGCUUUUGCGACGCAGCGCGAGAUGACACGUUCCUCGCUGUGGUUCUAAUGCCAACAGCUAAGAGGAGAAUGAAACAACUUACCGAGGGCAUGCAGAAAGCCAGUGCAAGAGAGAAGCAGGACACUUUUCCUGCCUUUCUGUCCCAUGCUCUCUCUAAUCAAAGCACUGCGUUCAGUACACCAUUUCAUACCAGAUAAUUCUUUUGGAUCUGUCACUGUCCAACAAGGCUGCGUUUCGAAUGCAGAGAAAUUGCUUUUUAACAAAUUAAGUACUAAUUCAGUAAUAAUGGUAGUGCCGUUCUCUCUGGCCAUCACGGUGAACAAAGCUGCAGUCUCUUAACGCCAUGGGAUCUGCUUCUGGACAGGAUUUGCUCAGUGAUAUCAGCCGUUGUAAAGUGUCUUGGCCACGAAGUUAAUCGUUAACUCAGGUCACCACCUCUUAAAAACAUCUCAUUGUAAGAGCACAACACGCUUAAAGCUGUCAUUCGAUCAUGCAUACAACAGGAAUAAAGGAGCACAUAAAAGGAGCCAGAAACUCCGCAAACCCUUCAGCUAAGGGAAGACAAACUGCACCGAGGUUUAUCUCCAUGGAGAAAUCCACGGACAAGCCAAGCAGCGAAAACAGAUCGACAGCUUCUGGAGUACCACAGGCUGAGAAGACUAGUCCUGCGCCCUUUGCAGAAGGUGCUGCAGAAAUGAGCGGAGCAGGACCCCUCACGGAAAAUGCUGCCGACGCGAAGGGACUGGUAUUUGCUGAAGAACAUCUUAAAGAGACGGAGAGAUCUCCGGACAUAGAGCCAGAUGGUCCUGAUACCUUUAAGCCAGCAUUUUUGGAAAGUGACUAUCCAAACCCAAAGCCACUUGUUAUGGUAAUAAACUCAAGCUCUCCUGAAGUGUACAGUCCCAAAACGAGCUACCAGCCUUCACCCACAUCAUCUAUUGCAGACAUGGACUGCCUGGUCUGCUUCAACAAGUACAACGUGUACAGAGUCCCAAAGCUCCUCGACUGCCAGCAUGCUUUCUGCGCAGUUUGCCUCAAGCUUAUCCUCAGGAAAGAAGACGACACCUGGAUAAUCACCUGCCCCCUGUGCAGAAAAAACACGUCUGUGUCAGGAGGAUUUAUCCGCACGCUUCCAAAUAAAGAAGAAAUCAUGGACCACUUGGAACAUCCUGACGUGGCUCUUGAGGUACACAUCUCUCCCCUGGGGCUGGACAGCAGCGGCUGGGCUCAGAGCAGCCAAGACGUUUUAUACAGAGACCAAAAUGUUCCAGCAGACAACAGGCUGGCUAUCCAGAGACUUGUGCUGCUCCUGCUGCUUUUGGUGAUUCUCACUAUCCUCAUCCUCCCGUUUAUAUACUCGGGGACGAUAAAAUGGGUAAUUUGUCUCAUGCUUACUUUGGGGUUGGUCAUGUCUAUGGUGCUCUGCUGCACUCCUAAAUGCUACUGGAGCUGUAAUGGAAACUCACUCACAGCCUGCCACAAAGAGACCCACAUCGCUGCUAUUGCCUGAAACAGCAUGAGCUGCCUCGAGAUAAUGACUGGUUCCACCUGCACAGCCGAGUAUCAGAAGCACUAGUCAGUUGCUGGACUUUGAAAGCAAACAUUCACAUCAGAACCUCAAAGUGUCUAACUUAUCCCACUAAGCCUCAAAGGCAAUGCAGUGGUGUUUAAUUUUAUUACUGAAAACGGUAAAAUACUUGUAUGCUGAUAUUUGUAAGAUAAAAUUGUAAGCCUUCUUUGCAGUUUUUUAUCCCAGAUGAAUAGUUGUUGUUUUGCUCUCAACAUUUUAGUCCUGCUCGCAUCCUCUCUCCAAUUACUACUGCAGAACAUUAGCUGAAACGUGUGACAUUUGUAUCCUGUGAAAAUCUGUAGCUGUUACUGUGUUUUCCCACUCCUAACACAGGUAUACCUUUUCUUGUGACAACGUGGGGAAUUAGACUGCUAAGUCUGGGGCUGGAUGCCUAGCCUUAAUGGAAGAGGGUAGUUUAAACACAGUUUAUUGCAUUAAUCUGGAUCCCUGACCAGAAGGUUUUUAGCAGGGGUGGGAAUGGGAAAAGGGAACAUCAGUUGACAUCAUCUCAAGUUGUACUCGAAACUGGAGAGGAAGAGGCAAAAUCAACAUUUCUAAUCGUAAGCUCACAACUUGCAAAGCGCAAAGCUCUGAAAAGCUGAUGACACUCUGAGUUCCCUGUGUUAUUUAGCACAAAAAUAGUUUCUCUCAGCUGAACUUCUUUACCUGGCUACCUGUACCACCUCUCUUCUUGCUCUCUUCACAUUACGUGCGACAUUGCCUUUUGGAGAUGCCCACAAAUUCUCCUUCCACAGAUAAAAAGGAAUCUGUCAAUUGUUCUGCUAUACCACACACGAUUUUUUUUAUAUGGAACGCGUCCAUUAAAGUUGAAUAAUG